CAGAAGACAUAGGAGGAUGGAGUGAGGCAAUGGCGAACAGACCUGAGCUGAAGCAACUGUCAUCACACGGAAAAGUGGACAGAAAAAUUCUUCGUGGUGCUAUAAGGUCUCUCGAAUUCGUUGAAUUAAAUGUGAAGCGUCCUGGAGUUCUGCUUGAGAACCUUUUUGAAGUUGCGCCACGGUUGAACUGGCUGAAACUCAAUCACGGCAACCACGAUCAUUUUGAGUUACAGUUUAUCUGCGAGAAGUUUUCGUAUCUCCAACACUUAGAAGUGAACGUGAAAGACAUGAUUGCAGCCGACAAUUCUGUACGAUUUGAUAGAUUGGCCCACUUGCAGGAACUUAAAUUACUUGGGCUUAGCAACAUUCGUUACAUUCAUCGCAACAACGUUCGGUGUUUGACAAUGCUCAAUAGUACGGUAAAGGGCGACGAACUCAAACAGAUACCGGAAAAGUUCCCUGCGCUUAAGAGACUGAUCCUCGAGAAACGCUCGGUGUCUCUGGCUGGUGUCGAACGGCUACACAAAUUGAUGCCCUCCUGCAGAAUCGACUAUGGCAACAAUCGUUUCUACCCCGUUGACGAUGGAACUUCGAAAUGAAACACGCCCGUAAUGGAAAGAAGGUGCAGCUUCGGAAGGAGAUAAACUUUAGUGUUAUGAUUCCAGUAAAAAGACACUCAUGUAAU